AUGGCGCUUAUGUCGAUGGUGCUGCUAAAACUUAAUAAGAAAAUGGACACGUCAGAGACUAAGAUCAAGUCGACGCAAGCGAAGAUACCUUUCGGACUGUACACAAGCCCUGAAUUUAAAUGUUUAGACACAUCAUACUACAUCGUGUCAGCUCACAAUCAAGAAGAUGCUCAAAUGAUUCUGUCAAGCGAAAGGAAACCACACUGCUACACGUUUAGAGGUGCAUUUGCUUUUAGCGGUUUCUACCACCGGCACUCGGAGACGACAUAUAUUGGACCUCAUGCUGAGCAGUUCCAGGCCAAAGACCCCAGCCAGGGCUUGUACUGCCAUUCUGAUGAUAACUGGAGCGAUGCCCAGUGCAUUUACAAAAUCAAUCCUCGUGAGGAGUUUCCGGAGUCUGUGGAAUAUGAACCGAAGGUCUCAUACUAUUGCGGUCCUUACCGCUACUUUAUACCAGCCACGACUGACGUCAGAUGCAUCUUCUCAAUAUUCGCAAUGAAUUUUGUAUUCAGAUUUGGUUACGAUGGAGUAACUUACAAGAGCUCGGAUUUGUCGUUCGUCGGCAAACGAGCAGACGGAUUACCUGAUGGUAAGCAAUCAGCGCCGCCCAUGGACACCCGCAACAACAGAGGAGUUACGAGCGCGUUGCUGACCCUUUGGGGAUUAGGGAUUUGGAGAUUUAGUGAUUGGGGGAGGGGAAGGAUUGGGCCUCCGAUGUACCAAAACGGUCAGGUUUUCUACACGGACGAGCCCUGGGCGGGGAUGUCGUGCUGGAACUGGGCGUGCAAGUGGCGCCACAACCAGAACCAACGUUCCAACGAGUUCUUUAUCAAUUAA